GAGCCCGAGCUAUGAGCAUCAGAGAGCGGAGUGGAAACAGGAAGAGGAGGAGGUGAGGUGGAAGAAAGAAGACAGAGGAGAGAGGAACUGGCCAGACAAGGUGGCGAGGAGUGAAAGGGAGGAAAAGGGGAGCAGAGAGGGGCGUGUGGACCAAAGAAAACGAAGAGAAGAAAAAAAAAAAAAGCUCGUGGAGGAUGAGCUGGUCUAUUUAAAGGGACUGCACGGGUCUGCUGUCUAGCUAUUCCUGACUGACAGCAUCAUCGAAUUUGGACCAGAGUCUGUCUCCCCCUUUUCUCUCCGUGCUCAUUGUAAGGUGUGAAGUGGAGGGCCUCCCAAACACAGACCAAGACUGAUAAUGAAUCAGUGGGUAGAGCAGUCUUCUGAAUAAGCAUCAAGGAACUAAAGCAGGGGUGGGGAACCUCCGGCCUCCGGGCCUUAUACGGCCCGCGAGACCAUUUGAUCCGGCCCUUGAGGCUGCAUGUAUCACCCCGCAGAGCUGUACUCUGGCCGCAACACAUGGGACUCCUAUCCAGCUGGAGGACCUAACAGAGGACAAUGGGCUCCUAUAAACAGUCGCCCCUGGAGCCACACAGAAAGAUGCCAAGGAGGGCGCAAUCAAUCAGAUCAUCCGCCAUCAAAUCGUCUUUAUAAUAGGGGGGAGAGAACACUCAACCAUGUCCAGGACAAGGUUAUCUCUAAGGGACACAGACAGCCUCUACGUCUCUGGGAUGGCAAAGAGCAGCCGUUUGAGGCCCAGAACUGGCAUCACAACUCCACACGCUCAUUCCACAACAGAGCUGGCAUCAACAACUAUUAUCUAACAGGACCAGGAGAGCGCUACGCAACCUGGGACAACAAUGCCAGCAACUCUGUGCACGGGGGUCCUCGCCUGCAUCGCAACAACAGAGAACUCCAGUCCCCACCGGAGAGAUGGGCCCCCUCAGAUUGCCGCAGAGGCUUUCCUGGCAGAAUGAUAAACAACAAGCCAGGACCCUGGAAACGGCCAGCCGUCCACCAGCGGCGAGACCAACUGCACCAGCACAGUCCACCUCCACAGCACCUGUUAUCCCCUAGGGAAGAGUGUCCGGCCAAGAGGAGAAGGGACUCUGGCCCUGAUCAGUCAUCUUAUCCUGGAUCAAGGCAUUUACCUUUACUUGCCCCAUCACCACCUCGCCAUCACCGCUGCAACCAAGACAACUGGAAGCCUAUAAAUGAGAGGGUGGGUCAUUGUCACCACUCUGACCACAGGACCUCAACUCAGCAACAGGAAACCUCCAAACUACGAGAUGGAGGACAUGGUUUCAGUAACAGUCACCUGGUAGCUCUAAACCAGAGUUGUGGCAGCAGACCGCCACAUCACGGAAGCAGGGGGAAGUUCGACCGGAAAAUGUCAUUGUCACCAGCAGACCCCACCUGUGUGCCUUACAGCCAUCAAAACCAUCAUUACCACUAUCAACAACGGCACACAAGCCACCCCAGGACCCUACAGCACAACCCGCCGCUCCACCCUCCUGAGGAAAAGGACUCACGGAGCCAUCACCACAAACAAAGCACAGAACCUCAGCGCUUUAUUCAAAGGGGUAAUUCAAGAGAUCCAGCCCUCUUCAAGUCUUCUGGUGCAGACUCUCCUCCCUUUUCAACCCUCCUCUGCAGCCCUAAAGAUGGCGGUUCUACUGCCAGCAGUCCAUAUGGUCCUCCCAGUCCCUCUUCAUACACAGUGGCCACUGGCAGAAAAGAUCCAUCAAUCAUUCAUCAGUGUAGUGCUGGUCUCAGUGGACAGCAGAAACUCCAGGGAAGCCCCAACUACACCCUGAGACCUAGCCUGACAUCUACCGCAUCCCUCACAUCUCACGCUGGUCCAAAAUCCAGGUUUUUGGACGUCAAAUAUAGAAAGACCUCGCAGCCCCUCUGCUCACGACAGUCCCCACACAGCAGGUCAAGAACAAACAAGCCUGAGAAGGAGUCAGAAGAACACAAAAAACAAGAGAAGAUGGUGAAAAAGGAGAGAAAGGGUGAAGAGAGAAAGAGGCGGAAGAAAAAAGAGGAAAAAAGGUUGGCUGAGAAAAAAAGGAAGAGGGAUAAAGUGGCAAAGAGGGAAAAAAAGUUAAAGACUAAAGUCACGGAAAAGGAAAUGUUUACUUCCAUCUCUACUUCCAACAUGAGUCAAAUGGAGACUACAACUCUGUCCCUGUACAAUCAAGGCCAGGCACCACCCAAACACAAGCACAGGGAUAGGAGUGAACAUGCCGAGAGGACACACAGGCCAUCCACAAAUACUCCUCGUCCCAGUCGCACUUCACCACAGCCAUUUUUUAAAUCUGAAAAUCACAAAAUGCCCAAGAAGAACUUCAAUCCCACAAAACUAAAGGAACAAGGAAGACCGUCUAUUGCCAGGAACACCAGCCCCCACAAGACCAAGAGGUCCACCAUCGUCUCAGAACACCGACCAAAAGCAAAGCCCCGUGACACGCUCCCCUCACUUUUAUUUAAAGCCUUAGCACCUCUCAGUACAGCAUGUUCUAUUAGCUUAGAGAAGCCCAUCUAUGGCAAAGAAGGUGGGCAGGGAGGGGCUCUCACCGCUCCAGACCUACAGCCUGUGGGAAAUUUGAGGGAAAUGGGAGACAACCUUGCGAAUACUCCUCCUGUUCUCAGCUGGCAGGGAUCGCCAGUGUCCACCCUUGGAGAAGAUGAAGAGGAGCUAGAAAAGGGAGUGAUGAGUAGACCUGUCCUCCAGCCCAGCCCCACCCAGUGCUUCUCUCCGCCUCCACCUCCUGUUGAAAGCGAGAGCACUGACGAUAUAAAUAAGGAGCCUUGUGAAGGCACACCGGCUGAUUAUUCCCACGAUGGCGUGUCCGAACUCUGCGAUCCACCCUGUGAGACAGAACAAGUUGCUGAGGAAGAAAAGCAAGACCGCAGCGGGGAAACUUCUGGAUCUCUUCUCCGUGAGCUUCGCCACCAUAAAACAGGUCUGGAUGAUGUCUUCAAGAGCCUGGCUACCUUUCUCGGAGGCCAGAGGGUCACAUGUCGAGGCGGUCCUUUUGGAGGGCCACCCGCUGGCACCACCAGAGGAGUGAAGUACUCCUCUUCUCUUGAACUGGGGCCAGAGAUUCAAGAGCAUCAGGAUUUCUCCCCCAAAUCAGAGCACACAGCAUCCUUCAAACCCAGUAAUCAGUCACCAACUCACAUCACCUCAGACGCGCAUUUAAAAUCCCACAGUCCGACAAAUUCAAGGGAGCCUGUCGCAGACUCCCUGGCGCAAGAGAAGCAGGAAGAAAUUGGGAACGACAUGAAAGAGAAACAAGAGUGUAAGGAUAUGGAGAUUCUCGCCGAGAGAACAGAGGCCUCUCUUUUGGACGGUUCACUGAGAGCAAAGCUGAGUCUGACCACAACACAUACAGCCUCCUUCACUAGCCGCAUUACUGUCUCUACCACGGAUGAGAGAGGACACAGCGAAGAGAUGGAACGCAUAGGUGCAAAUAGAAAGAGAAAACAAAAGGCCAAGGAUGGAGGGAGAGAAGGAGAGAUACAAAUCAAGAUAAAAACAGAAGAAAGCAGCAUCAUCUGUCCUAAAAACAAAGCAAAUGAAGCAAAGGAUUUGGAAGAAAGGGAUGUUUCCUCCUCGGUGCUUGUCAUUUCCAGAAAGUCACCCAAACCUCUCAAAGAUAGUACAAAGGGCCAGAUUCCUCAGGAAAAACAAAACCUACAUAGCAUCCAUAAAGAGAAAGUGGACAAGGGGAACACCAAAGUAGAGAUAGUAACGGAGAAGAAGGAAGCGUUAGAAAAUAAGAUAUCCUCAGCAGCAGAAAACACAAAUACCAAGACUUCAAGCUCAGCAUCAAUUGUAACAAUCAAUGCAUCCAAUUUAUGUGUGUCCACACCAGCAAGUAAGCCUCCCUGCUCGUUAGCUCCAGUUGACCCGCUGAGACUGAAAGCAUUGUCUAUGGGCUUGGUGAAGGAGCUAAGGAUCCUCUUGACUAAAGUGGAGAGUGCUGGAAGACAAACAUUCAACAUAUCAGAGUUGGAGGAACAAAGAAUCCCUCUUUCCAAGAUCAGCAUCGAAAACACGGGCUCUGAAGUGGUCAGAGCUUGCAAGUGGACGAGAGUGAAUGGGAAAUUCAAGGAGUCCUUCCUGCUUCCCGCCUUCUCUGUAAAACCUAACAUUGACACCAAGACCCAAAUUCCUAGAGAAAAGCUCAACCCUCCUACACCAAGCAUUUAUUUGGAGAGCAAGAGGGACGCCUUCUCUCCAGUUCUGCUUCAGUUCUGCACGGAUCCCAAAAAUGCGGUUACUGUCAUCAGAGGCCUUGCUGGCUCCCUCCGCCUUAACCUUGGUCUGUUUUCUACCAAAUCUCUGGUGGAGGCCAAUGCUGAGCAUGCAGUGGAAGUAAGGACUCAGGUUCAGCAGCCCGCCGAUGAGAACUGGGAUCCCAGUGGUUCAGCGCAGACGUGGCCCUGCGAAAGUAGCCGCUCGCACACCACCAUUGCCAAAUACGCUCAGUACCAGGCCUCCAGCUUCCAGGAAAGCCUGCAGGAGGAGAAGGAGAGCGAGAAUGAAGAGGAUGGAGAGCAGGACGAGACUUCAGAGACAUCAGCCGCCACAAAAGCAGCUCUGACAUUUGCCAACGUUAAAGGCAGUCCUGCCUCGACUACCACUAAAGCCAAUUUUGAUUCCAUCUUCAGCAAAGACGAACUUGCCAACAGCACACUCAGCUCAGAGCAGAAAACAGCGGGAAAGAUCAUUAAAUUUGGGACCAAUAUUGAUCUCUCUGACCCUAAAAGGUGGAAGCCCCAGCUGCAGGAGCUGCUGAAGCUGCCUGCUUUCAUGCGCGUGGAAUCCAGCAACAACAUGCUCAGUCACGUCGGUCACACCAUCCUGGGCAUGAACACGGUCCAGCUCUACAUGAAGGUGCCAGGCAGCCGCACACCAGGUCAUCAAGAGAACAACAAUUUCUGCUCAGUCAACAUCAACAUCGGGCCUGGUGACUGUGAGUGGUUCGCCGUCCACGAGCACUACUGGGACGCUAUCAACAAAUUCUGUGAGAAGCAUAGAGUCGACUACCUUACAGGGUCCUGGUGGCCAGUCCUGGAAGACCUCUACAGCUCCAACAUUCCUGUGUACCGCUUCAUUCAGAGGCCGGGAGACCUGGUGUGGAUCAAUGCAGGGACUGUGCACUGGGUCCAGGCGGUGGGCUGGUGCAACAACAUCGCCUGGAAUGUGGGACCACUCAACUCGUACCAAUAUCAGCUCGCCCUGGAGCGCUAUGAGUGGAAUGAUGUGAAGAAGGUUAAGUCAAUCGUUCCCAUGAUCCACGUGUCUUGGAAUGUGGCUCGCACCAUCAAGGUCACCGAUCAGGAUACUUACAAGAUGGUCAAACACUGCCUGAUGCAGUCCAUCAAGCACAUCCAGAUUCUGAGAGAGCAGCUGGUGGCUGCAGGGAAGAAGAUCUGUUACCAGAGUCGUGUGAAAGACGAGCCUGCCUACUACUGCAAUGACUGUGAUGUGGAGGUGUUUGACCUGCUGCUUGUGACCAGCGGAAACAGCAGUAAUAAAAGCUACGUGGUGCACUGUGAGGACUGCGCCCGUGCUAAGAGCCCAUCGCUGGCGGGAGUAGUGGUGCUCGAGCAGUAUCGGAUUGAAGAGCUGACGAGAACUUACGACACCUUCACACUGGGUUCUCUCAAUCAAAACAAAAGAUGGAGUUUGGUGGCACCGUGAAGUAGCGCGGGAUCAUGGGAGUAGUUGUCUUCACCAACAUUGUCGACAUUGCACUCAGCUUCUCCCGGCUCCAUCACCCAUUUCAAUUGAGGACUCCUCCCUGGUGUCUUUCAGCCAUAAACCAAAACUCUAAUGGCAGCACAAAUGUUGUCUUCAAGGCAAUCUAUUCCUUCGAACACUCUGAAUCAGCCAAUCACGUUUACUCAGUAUUGUUUACAUCACACAAUAAGGUAUGGAUACUCGGCCAAUCCAACUAUAGCUCACUGUCUUCCCCAUACCAGCUGCUGAUUGGACGUGUGUUUUGAAAUAGAAUGACUAGACUGGUACUUCUCAUGAAAAGCAUUUCAGAUAUGUAGAAAAAAAAUGUGAGCACUGCUAGCACUGAAAAUCAGGUUAUAUGUUCAACGGACACUGCUGUGAUUCAAAAGCGUCAAGUAGCCGGUUCUGUGUAUAAAUUCAGGUACAUUUAUGCAAAUUCAGUAGAACUUUUUUUACACCAAUCUAGUUAUUCUAUAUGUCCAUGAGUUUGCUGUGAUUCUUUCAUACCAGCAGGGGAAUUGCUUCACAGGAGAAGUAGCUGAUUGUCACAUUUGGCAUCGUAAUGUUUUUAUUUGGUAAUCAGGUAAACUCUGACAUUUGUAAUUCCUGUCUGUAUACUCUUUGAGGUGCUACUCCAAUCUAAUUUAUUCCCGUUAGAUACUUAAAAAGUUUUACCAGCCUAUAAGUACACCACAUUGGCCUUGCAAACUGUAUUUAGAGGAGAGGUAAUUAGAGGAGUAAACACACAAUAAGAAUUUAUGUACGUAUAAAAUCAAAAAUGAAUCAAAAACUUAUAUCGGUUUCUCUAAAAUACGGGUUUACGAGAGGACUAAUAUGGUUUCAUUCUUAUUUGAAAAUCUAGUAUGUAGAUGGUAAAUUAGUUUUUUGUUUUUUAUCCCGCAAAAUAGUCGUUGGUGUGGUUUUUAUGAUGUCUUUUUUAUUUUUGGAAUGGGAAAACAAUCCAAGUUUUAUACCUCUUUUGUUGUUAUGUUUUUUUGUUUCUAGAUGACAGAGAAAAUAACUAAUUUAAAAUUGUGAAUGAAUUAAUGGGAUACACAGUGGUGUGCAUAGACGGGGUAGGGAUGGGGGGGGGGGGGUAGUCACCAUUGAUGUUGGUGUCAAUGAAGUGCCCUUUACUGUCUGAAAAAGUAAUAUGUCCAAAGAGACACGCAAUCAUAAUCUUAUAAUGCAAAAGCCAAUGAGGCCAAAUAGAUGACCAAACUGAUCGGCACCUCAUUGUUUUCCUUUUGCCCCAAACAUCCGUCCUGAUGACGCUCCAUUCACUGCCAGGGGGUUUAAUAUACUGUAUUUCCAGUUUAACAGAGCACAUGAAUUGAGACAUGUCAAGAAAGGCCCGGUUGUUUUUGUUUUUUUCCCCUAACAUUUAGAAUAGUCCUUCAAAAUAAAGUGUCUCAUUUUGUUGAGGCUUCAUAUUCUAAACUACAGAAGCCCUGAGGGGAAAUUUAGAAAAAUAAAUUCCGAUCUAAAUUGUGUUCGCUCAUGUCUUUAUGACUUGAAAACAGGAACAUUUUAUUUAUUGUUGUUGGGAAAAUAAUUUGUUGGCAGGUUUUUGUCAGGAUCACUUUUUAAGUGUUUGUUGUUGUAAUUCUCAUUUCAGCCACAAGAGGGGGGACGUGUAUCACGACCCCAUGUUCUAAAUAGGACUGAAAGCAUUCAUGUUUUCUUCCAGGUAAGUUCUAAUUUCCACAUUGCACUCUAAAUAUAAUGUGCAUAUAUUUUGUACAAUACAUGUAUAUUAUAUAUUGUGUAUAUUACCUGAAUGCUUCUAGUCAUAUUUAGAACAUGGUGUAGUGGUGCACUUGUAGUGUGUAGUGGGGGGAAGGAAUUAACAAAAAUGAGGUUAGAUUAAGUCAAACACAGGAGAGAAAACUAUUUAUAUCAGACUUAGAAAAAUGUAUAUGCUUUUUCCUCUCUUACCUCUCAGGGCUUCUGUACUAAUCUUUUAGCUUUGAAUGUUAUAUCAUAUAGUGCAUGGGUGAAGUACAGCUAAAAGCUUUGCUUCCUACAUCAAAUGAUUGAUUAUCAUUUACUGCACUGGACUGUAUUUACAUGCCAUGGUUUGAUCACCUAGGUGAGGCCUAUGCUGUUAUCAUCUGAAUAGAGGUUCAGCAUUACUUCUGUAGAAGCACUUCAAUUAAACUCUCACAAAUGACAACAUUCACAUUUUAGCGCAUCCCUCAUUAGUCUGUGCACACCAUUUACUGUAAAUAAGGUAUCUGUUGUCAGGUUCGCUAAAAGACUUAUAUAUGUAGUUAUGUAUUCAAUCAAAAAUCUAAAUUGUUUAUGGUCAGAUUUGUCCACUUCAGUCAUUUUGUUUUUGUUGUGGCUGUAUUAUAAAACACCAUAAAAAUAUCCUGUUUCACUCUAGUUUAAAAUACUGCAAUGGGAAUUUCUUCCCACUUUUAUACCUCUUUUUGUUGUCAGUUUCUGUUUUUUGGAUUACAGAGAAAAUGGAAAAUUGUAAAUUGUGACAUUAUUUAUACUGUACAUGGUUGUUUUCUUAUAUAUUUAUUGCAUAUCAAAGGGCACUUCACUUGAUAAGGGGCUACAAGGUAUUUAAAAAUGUAGUAUGGUCAUAAUGUGUUGAUAGGGGAAGUGCAAUCAGGGGGCGGUUUAAUUUUCAUGGUGCUAGACCCCUCCUUGCCUCAAUGCCCCCUCAUUAAACAGCAUACAGCAUUACACAGUUUGAACAUAAGUCAGCGAUACAACUCAAACCAACCGGUUGGUGCUUAGAUCCAUUUCAACACAGUUUGUGGUAACCGAAAUGGAACGAUGUCUUUGUACUGUAUCUGAUAAAUACAAGAUCUUUUAAAACGUUUUUUCCAUUGUAUGAAAUUCAUAAUCUUGUGAGGCAUUAGUGGUUUUAUGAUGAGCAUUAGCAGUAGUUGUAUUUCUUGACACUUUUUGCAGAGACUUUUAGGGAUGUGACUUUUAAUGACGUCGAGGUUUUGUUUUGUGUCUUGUCCUCAUUAGUAUUAUUUGAAGGAUGUAAUAAUGCUCUUUUUCCUCUUGACUUGUUUGAUUUAUGCUGCACUUAUUGUUUUAAAAAAAAAACUCACAUAGAAGAAAACCUGAGCCAGACCUGUCUUAAAUCCCUCUGUGAUUUUUCUGUGAUAUAUUGUAUUGUUGUUCAAGAAAAUAAAAUGUUUUGAUAAAUUAUUCAACAAAGA